AAAAAUAUAUUUUUACAUUUGUUGUAUUCUCUUGAUUGUCAUGAAAUAUUUUUAAAGCUUUUUUGUCAAUUAAAAAUAUGUAUUAGGUGAAAUCUAUAACAAAUCAAAAUAUUUUAUAUUAAGUACUGGAAAGAGUACAUUAAUUGAUCUCUACUUGAACUACAAAUGUCUCCAUUUUAAUGUGGAAUUCUAACAAGAAAAGAAAUGAAGCCGUGUGAUUCCAUAAAGCUGCUACACAACACAUGAUUACACACCACAUUACAUUUGCUCCCUAUUUCUCAUACUACUUAUUCUUCCAGUAGUACUAUUAGUUCAACCCAACAAUAAACUUGAAAACAAACCCUUCCAAGUUCCAACUUCCAUUCAGAGAGACAAAACUAAAUAAUCCACCAUGGCCACCGCCAUGGUCUUCCUCCUCCUCGUCCUCCUAUCAUCCGCCGCCUUCACCCAUUCCCAGCCUUUCUCAAGAACUCUAUCAAAAGCCGAUAUAGGUUUGGAAAACAAGAAAGAGAAGCUCAGCCACUUGCACUUCUACUUCCACGACAUCGUCAGCGGUCCUCACCCGUCGGCCAUACGCGUGGCGGCGGCCCCCACCACCAACUCCUCCCGGACGGGUUAUGGCGCGGUGGUGAUGAUGGACGAUCCCUUGACGGAAGGCCCCGACAUCGGGUCCAAGCUGGUGGGAAGAGCUCAGGGGAUUUACGCUGCGUCUUCCCAAGAGGAUUUUUCCUACUUGAUGGCUUUGAACUAUGUGUUUGUGGAAGGCAUGUAUAAUGGGAGCACGUUGAGUAUUUUGGGUAAGAACUCGGUGUUCGAUACGGUGAGGGAAAUGCCAGUGGUCGGAGGUAGUGGAGUCUUCCGGUUGGCUAGAGGCUACGCUUUGGCCAAGACUAUUAUGUUUGAUCUCAAGACUGGUGAUGCUAUUGUGGAAUACAAUGUCUAUGUUUUCCAUUACUGAAUGAUCCCACCAUUAAGUUUUACCUUACGUAUUUUCGUGUUAAAUUCGUGUUUUUAAUUACUACUGGAAGUAAGCAGUAUUUCAUCAUGUUCUAGGGUGAAUAAUUACAUUGUAAACUUUUUAAGUUUUUAAAGUUUAUAAUUGUGUUUUGUGUUUAUGUGUAUCAUUUCAUUAUUUCCGUCA